ACAACCAUUCAACGGACGGACCAACUGUGCGUUCUGUCAAAAUUUCUAAUCGCGGUGAGCGGCCAUCAUCACCGGAGCGCGUCGCAGCGUAGAGCAACUAAACCAGGAAAUCCGCGCACCACCAUGGGACGUCGAAAGUCGAAGAGAAAGCCCCCGCCGAAGCGCAAGAAUAUCGAACCCCUGGACCAGCAGUUCAAUUGCCCCUUCUGCAACCACGAAAAGUCCUGCGAAGUGAAGAUGGACAAGAGUCGGAACUCGGCGCGCAUAACCUGUCGGGUGUGCAUGGAGGACUACCAGACGUCGAUAAACUUCCUGUCGGAACCGGUCGACGUGUACAACGAUUGGGUGGACGCGUGCGAGAGUGCCAACUAAAUCACCGGCUGGGGGCGCUUCUGGAAGAGCUUUGUACCGGGAAAACUAGGGCCAGGCAUAUGUAUUAGGGUGUGUAAUAAGCAUCGGGAUAUUUAUCACUAAUAACUACUAAAGUUAGAUCACUUAUGGACACAAGCAGUAGAUUUAACAAACGAUUUGCUGAAUUUUACUAAAUGAAAUAUGAGCAUUUAGUAUUUAAGCGUGUGAAAAUUUCAAGAUUUAUUUUGAGAAAUAAAUUAGAGUAGUAAGCGCAA